AUGCCCUAUGAGCCCCUUCCUUCACUCUUCCCCGGCACUCUUGAGGAGGAGGUGGAGGAGGAGGACGUGGUCGCAACUCCUGCUAUGCCCUAUGUCCCUACCUCAGUCCCCACCCCACCUCCUCCUACUGUGUACCCUCUGGUGCCGCCGUCUAUGGUGAUCACCGACGGGCAGCGCUUUGAGACUGAGCAGCUGCAGGACGAGAGCAGCAUGGAUGGAGUGCAGCAGAGUGGGGGGAAGGAGACUGGGGAGCAGCAAAUAGGGGAGCAGCAGAUAGGGGAGCAGCAGAUUGGGGAGUAG